AUGCCAGGAUUAAUCAGUUCUCCACUCUCGGAAUCAGACCCAGACUCCGUCUCAUUCCCUCUUAUCUUCAAAUCUCACAUUGACAACUGCCAAUUCUCAUCAUGGCACCCUCUUUACUCUAAACUUACUCCUAAAACUAAAAUCUUUACAAAUCUUCCAGAAUCUUUUGUCGAGUACCUGCUCGAAGAUGGCAUUAUCUUACCACCUGAAGAAGAACUUACCCCUAAAAUUCAAGAACUUUCUAUUAACGAAGACAUUGCAAAUUAUUCAGAUAAUGAUGAUGAUUCACCCCAAGACCCAACGUUAAAGUUCUCAGAACUUCACCAGCAGAUUAAGGACGCUAUUGAUUCACUCGGUGGCGCUGUUCUUCCUAAACUUAACUGGUCCGCUCCAAAAGAUGCUUCUUGGAUCUCAAUCAACAACACUCUAAAAUGUCUUUCUCCUUCAGAUAUUUAUCUUCUUUUAAAAUCUUCAGCUUAUAUCACACAUGACCUAACAGAACCUUACUCAAACACUGUCGAGGCUACUCAAACUACAAACGACGAUGACAUUUCAGUUAAACCUGAACUCAUCUUGCGACAAUGGUUUAACUUAAACCCAGCUCUUGAAUUUCGCUGUUUUGUUCGCGACCGCACCUUGGUGGCUGUCUCCCAGCGUGAUUAUCUCAAGUACUACCCCUUUUUGGAAAAGCUCCAAGAUACCCUUGCGGACGAAAUCGACUACUUUUUCACAGAAAAUCUCAAAGAUACCUUCCCAGAUGAUUCGUUUGUUUUCGAUGUUUACAUUCCAGACCCUUAUGACCGCGUGUACCUUAUAGAUAUCAAUCCAUUUGCUCCGCAAACCGACCCUCUGCUCUUCACCUGGUAUGAAAUCUUGCACAAACUUGAUUCAAAAGAAGUCGGCGAAGACUUUGAAAUUAGACUUGUUGACAAAACUGGUACUACAUCUGAUCUACUUGGUGGAGCUCUCCAGCACUCGGAAAAUAGAGUUCCAAAAGACAUUGUUGAUGCAAGCAUGACGGGCGCAGGAAUGGCAGAGCUGGCUCGCCAAUGGAAUGCAAUGCUAAGCGGUGAGCAAAUUAGCGAUAGCGAGGACGAGAAUGAAAAUGAAAAUGAAAAUGGAGAACACUAA